AUGACAUCUCCAGGCUUCAGUGUGGACCAGCUGAUGGAGUUGGCUGGGCUUUCAGUUGCUUGCGCAGUUGCUACAGCCUUCCCGCGCGAGAAGUAUGAGGCAAGACCAUCUGUGCUUCUUGUUUGCGGUCCUGGCAACAAUGGAGGUGAUGGCUUGGUGGCCGCGCGACACCUUUACCACUUCGGGUACGAGGCCCACGUGAUUUACCCCAAGCCCAAUGUCAAGGAACAGCUCUUUGCUAACUUGCGCACCCAAUUGGAGCAACUGUCGGUACCAGUCGAAGCAGCUUUGCCGGAUUCUCUUGACCGAUACUGCGCAGUGGUCGAUGCCAUUUUCGGAUUCUCCUUCAGCGGCGCAGUGCGUGCGCCCUUCGACGACAUCAUCAGGAGACUGUCAAGCUCUGGCAGCCCACCUGUGCUUUCAGUCGACAUCCCCUCUGGCUGGGAUGUUGAGAAGGGUCCUCCAACGGAGGGGCCAGCCUUACAACCAGGUCCUCCCGUUGCUGCAAAUUGUUGGCUCAGUGCGCUGUGCUUGUGGUUUUGCUGGGCAGCUUUGUCACGUGUGAACAAACGUUGCCGACCACCGUGGCUCAAGGGGUACUGACUUCGAUUGACUUAGAG